AUGGCGCAAGUCCCUACUCCGCCCGCUUCCCGUUCAGCUUCACCAGCUCCGGAUUCCGAACCCAAGCAAGCUCCUGUAGCAGAUGCCCCGGAGGACUUGCUGCAGUCGCUAGACAAUCUAUUGGAGCGGUAUCUGCACCUUCUAGAUCAGCAUCAGAAGUUGCAAGCUGAGCUAGGGUCGAAGCUCUCGUCGGGGUUUUUCUCUCUUGCCCAAGCCAACUAUACUUGUCCACCGGGUCGACACUAUGGGGCAGAUUACUAUGAUGAGCGCAUGAAGGCGACAAGAAGAGUGACUCUACAACCUCCUACCAACCUGGCUGAGGAACACUACGCAACAGAGAAGGACAACUUACCGCCGACUGACACCGAACAUAGCGGUUCCAACUCCAGUAUAUUUGGGAUCGAAUCAGUUACCGUCCAACAUUCAGAGGACGAAUCCGACACGGACGAGAAGCCCGAAUCAGAUGCCGAUGCACCUCAGGAAGAUCGGCCACAACGCGAAGAGGGAGAUACUCAAGCUGGUGAGCUCUCAACCACAUCCGAGACCCUCCAAACAGAGCCCGAUGCGGAUGAUAAGCCCAAGCGAUCGAAAAAGAAGAAGUUUCGUUCUUCGGACCCGAUCCACUGGUACGGGAUCCUGGUACCCCCUUAUCUUCGCAGCGCCCAAAAGUCCUUCACCGAAGCCGUUGAGAGUCGCCUUCCCCAACUCGCUAGUGUCAUAGUUGAGAUGCGCAUCGUGGAGAAGGAAGUUCAUCGAGUGCGGAAUGAGCUGGGCCAGGUUUGA